AUGGCUCUACCCAACCCCACUGUUCGAGACUGGAAAGGUGACCAGCACAAGGUAAUGCUAAGUGACAGUAGUGUCAAAAUCCAAAAAUUUCCAAUGGAACUGCACUUACGUGCAGUGGUGGAUUUGAUGCGCCAUCUCCUACGGAAACAUCUAUUUGUCAUCUUUGCUCUGGCCAAAAAGGACCUCAAGUACUCGUGA